AAUCAGCUGACAUUCUUCUCAGUUUUCAAGAACUGCUGGGGAUUGUCUGCAGAAAAAUGGCAGUUUCACUGAAGCAUGUGAUUUCUGCUGCUGGCACUAUAUUUCCAGCAAGAUAUUCAAAAAACCCAAUUCAUAUUAGAAGGAUUGGCACUCGUUCUAGACAUUUUCCACUGGUUCUUUACUCCAAGAAAUGGGAUUUUCAAGAUUUUCAGGGCUAUGCAAAACCAGCUCAACUUUUGCCGGCCUCAGAAGUGCAAAUUUACGAGCCUUCCUCACUGGAACAGAUUUUUUAUUCUCUCAAGGUGCAAAACUGUGAAUCAUUGUACAAAGUCAAACUACAGACUAGUAGCAUGUAUGGGUCCAGUCUAACUGAUUCAAACGCUGGAGUGCUUCUUUGCUUCAUAGCUGAUAACAGCAACUCUAUCCUUCAAAGAAUACCAGCUUCUCUGGCAAAAGAUCAGUCUUUGCAGUCAGGUGACAAUGAAAUUCUGGAGUUCUCCAUUUUAGGAGAGGCUGUAUUGAUGAGUUCAUAUUUUGGGGACCAACACUUGAGAAGAUUGCAGCCAUUUGGGUAG